AUUUUCUAUUUUGUACAUACAUUGAUUUGUAUAUACUGUAUAUGAUGACUUCGGUGGGCAGUGAACGUACUCGGGGCACUCGAGAAAAAACACAGAUUCCAGCCACGCAACUGACACAACCCCAGAAACCAGUAGUCCAGGCCACAGCCGAGCAGAUUCGCCUGGCCCAAAUGAUAUACGAUAAGAACGACAGAGACUUUGAGGAUAAAGUGAAACAAUUGAUGGAAGUGACUGGGAAGAAUCAGGAUGACUGCAUCGUAGCUCUGCACGAUUGUAAUGGUGACGUGAACAGAGCAAUCAACCUCUUGCUGGAAGGAAGCUCAGAUACAACUUCGUGGGAGACGGUAGGAGGCAAGAAGAAAAGCCUUGGAAAAGAGAGCUCAGAAAACAAAGAGAACAGAGAAAAGCGAGGGGACAGAGAAGUCAUCCGUGGAUGGGGAACUUCCAGCCGACGAGGAAGAGGCAGCCGCGGGCGAGAGUUUAGAGUCGAAGAAAAUGGAGUAGAAAUGCCACCUGGCGAACGGCCUUCCGAUCGUGGGAAACGUGGAAAAGGGAGAGGUAAAGUACCGGAUUUGGACGAGCCAGAGGAAGAGGAACUGGGAGAUUUUCAGCCCAAGGCAUGGG